GAUUAAUUCGCAAAAUUCAGAUUACAAUGAUGAUGUUAUACAACCUAAUUUGACCGGUUCUUCACAAGACCUCGAUAGCGAUAUUUUGUUAAACAAAUAUUCUUUACCUAAUUUGGCUGGUUCUUCACAAGAACUUGAUAACAAUAUUUCAUUAGAUGAGGAUUCUUUAUUAAAUUCAGUUAAUUUUUUACAAGACCUCGAUGAUAAUAUUUUGUUAAACGAAGAUAGCUUCACUAUUGAUUCCUCUGGUGAUGACGAAGAAUUUCAGUCGGUUGAUGAGGAAUCUUCUUCAGAUGAACUAUUGUUAAAUGAUAAUAAAUUGUUUGUGACACCUGAAUAUUUAGAAGAAUCAGAUACGGAAAAUACAUCCACAAACAUAAAUAUGAAUAAUUUUUGGAUUCUUUUAUGGAUCUUAAAAUAUCAAGAAAGAUUCAGGCUUCUAGAUAUUACAGUCAAUUCAUUAAUCAAAUUCUUUAGGGUAGUAUUGUCUGAUGCUAAUGAAAAAUGA